AUGCUAGGAUUUACUUCGUAUCUUUGUAGCCGUGGACGUGGUGGAAAUGCUAAUACGUUUACGGAUGUACCUAAGGAUACCUCAGACGUUGUUGAAGAAGUCCCACGUGACGCUCCUGCUGUGGAAUUUCAAGGCGAGCGCCGUGGACGCGGACGUGGUAGCUUCAACGGAGAACGACGAGGACGUGGCGGAUUUCGUGGUGGACGUCAGUUCGAUCGCCAGAGUGGCUCGGACCGUACUGGGGUUCGUGGCAUUGAUAAGAAAGAUGGUCAUGGACGUGGUAAUUGGGGAGACGAUAAGGAUGAGCUCGCUGGUGAAACAGAACCAAUCGUAGCCUCCGAGGAGCCGGAGGUCCCGCGGGAAAAGACGGCGGAGGAGCUGGCUCAAGAAGCUCUCGAAGCUGAACUUGCCAAACAGAAAACAUUGAAGGAAUACAUUGAAGCCCACAAGAAGGAGGCUCCCAAGUUCAACGUUCGCAAGGCGGGAGAAGGAGAAGAGGAGAACUUUGGAAAGCUUGUGAAACUUCAAAAGGAAGUCGUGCCCGACAAAGAAGAGGAAGAAGUCUCGAUUAUUCGACGUGAGCCUCGCGAAAAAGCUUUGCACAUCGACAUCCAGUUUGCUGAGCCGAACCGCGGCUUCCGUGGAGAUCGUCCCCCGAGAGGACGCGGUGGACCGCGCGGAGGUGGUCGCGGCGGCCGUGGAGGAAAUCGUACCCAAGCACCGCCACACUUUGACGCCUCCCUUGAUGCCUUCCCUGCCCUUGGCUCCAAGUAG